UUGAAGGAACCGGAAGUAGUUAACCGCUUCUGUGUUGUGAUGAUUUCCAGAGUGGAGGAAAAGAAUACUUGACAAUUGGAUUACUCAGUCUCAGUCUUUUUGUUUCAACCGAUAUUUUUGAGAAGUCAAAGAAAUUCUUCAGAAGGUCUGAAUCAAUCAAUGGGAAAAAUCUGAAAAUGUUCAGCUUUGAGGGAGAUUUCAAAACAAGGCCCAAAGUGUCAUUGGGAGGAGCGAGUAAAAAGGAAGAAAAAGCCUCUCUGUUGCAUCGCACACAAGAAGAAAGACGGAAAAGAGAGGAAGAGAGAAAAAGGCUGAAAAAUGCCAUCAUCAUUCAGUCCUACAUACGUGGAUACCAAGACUUAAAGCAGCAGUAUGCCCUUCAAAGAGCUAAGUUUGAUGAGUCUGUCAGCCAGUCACAGGCAGGUGGAACGCAGCACAUCAUGGAUGGUCCUUCUCUGUGCCUCCUGUCCAGACAACUAAUAUUUUUCUACAGACAGAGUGUGGAUGCACAUAGAUUGAUUUGGUUAUGCCAGAACCUUGUGAAACACCACAAUCCGUUCGUGAAGCUGUUAAAUAGCCCCCAGAAACAAACAUGUGUAUUUCAAAUCAAAAGGAUUCUGGGUUUUUGCUGUAGACUUCUGUUAAACUGCUCAGAUGACAGUUUAAAUGUUGCUGUUCCUAUGCGGAUGUUGGACAUCUUUUCUUCAGAGAGAACAUAUCUUCACGUUAUUCCAGAUGCUAACAAUGUAGCUUCAUUACUCGAGCAGAUUUUGCACUAUAUGGUACAGAAAGGAUACUAUAAAUCACUGUAUAGUCUUGUAAAUCACCGGCUGCCUCCCAGUUUGGAGUACAGCGAUGCUCCCUCUAUCCCUCUGGCAAGCACACUGUUGGAGCACAUUCUCAAACCUUUGCACUUUACUUACUCCUCCUGCACAACAGGCGCAAGGCAGUUUGUAUUUGCAGCAUUUACUGAGGAGUUCAUCUCUGCACCAUUCACCGAGCAGAUUUUUCACUUUUUCAUUCCGGCACUCUCUGACCGCCGCCUGUCGUUUCCGUUCGAGGCCUUCCUGAGCUCCCUGCAGGUCACAAUCCACUCUUUCUCAGCAGCACAAAGCAAGGCUCCCUGGCUCUUCUACUUUGUCCUCUGUGCAGGAGAGAAUUGUUUAAACUCACUGUCAGAGGAGGGACACCUGCUCUACCUUCAGGCUCUGCAGGCCCUGCUGCCGCUGCUACCGGUGUCAGAAAGCACCAGCCGGCCAGAACUGACCAGUGAUUCGGAGGAUGAUGACGAGGAUAUGCAUCCUAUCCCCAUGCAGGACAACAGCCGGAUUUCUGUGCAGCUGAUAACGGAGGAAUGCGUCCACAAGCUGGACACGAAGCGGCAAACCAACGCGCUGCUGAACCUGGUUUGGGGGGAUACAGUCCGCGAGGAAGUCUUCACCAUGAUGGCAUCCAUUUGUCACACACUCAUGGUGCAACAUCGUCUAAUGGUUCCUAAAGUUAGACUCCUGUACAGCUUAGCUUUCAAUACUCGGUUCCUGAGGCAUCUCUGGCACCUGAUAACCUCCAUGACAACAAAAAUGAUCACUGGCUCCAUGGUGCCACUGCUCCAGCUGAUCUCCCGAGGUUCUCCCAUGUCAUUUGAAGAUUCAAACCGAAUCAUCCCACUCUUUUACCUCUUCAGCUCUCUCUUCAGUCACUCUCUUAUUUCUGUCCAUGACAGUGAAUUCUUCGGGCAUGAAAUUGAAGGUCCGAUGCAGUCCUCUAUGAUGCCCUUCACUCUGGCCGAACUGGUGACUUUGUCCCGUUGUCUGAGGGAUGCGUGUCUGGGAAUCAUCAAGCUUGCCUACCCUGAAACUAAAGCAGAGCACAGGGAGGAGUACAUGGCUGCCUUCCGCAGCGUGGGCGUGAAGACCAACGCUGAGGUCCAGCAGCGCAUCCAGGCUGAGCAGAAACGCUGGGUGCAGCUCUUCAAGGUCAUCACUAACUUGGUGAAGAUGCUGAAAGCUCGCGACAUCCGGCGGCCUUUCUGUCCGGCAGGUCACUGGCUGUCUGAGGAGGUCAACAUCCGAGCCGAUAAGGUCACCCAGCUGUAUGUCCCAUCAGCGAGACACGUGUGGAGAACACGACGGAUGGGGCGCAUUGGGCCUCUUCAGUCUACACUGGAUGUUGGUUUGGAGCCUCCGCAGCUCUCUGUGUCUGAAGAGAGACACCUGGCCAUCCUUACAGAGCUUCCGUUUGUUGUUCCGUUUGAGGAGCGAGUCAAGAUCUUCCAGCGGUUGAUCUCGGUGGACAAACGGGACGUGCAGGGGGAUGGGCCGUUCCCUGACGGCAUCAAUGUAACCAUUAGACGCAACUACAUCUACGAAGACGCCUACGAUAAACUAUCCCCAGAAAACGAACCAGACCUUAAGAAGAGGAUUCGAGUCCACCUUCUCAACGCUCAUGGUCUGGAUGAAGCCGGCAUUGACGGAGGCGGCAUCUUUCGCGAGUUCCUCAACGAGCUCCUGAAAUCAGGCUUUAAUCCAAACCAAGGUUUCUUCAAGACUACCAAUGAGGGCUUGUUGUUUCCCAACCCUGCUGCAAAGAUGCUGGUGGGCGACUCCUUCACGAGACACUACUACUUCCUGGGCAGGAUCCUUGGAAAGGCUCUCUAUGAGAACAUGCUGGUGGAGCUGCCUUUUGCUAGUUUCUUCCUAUCCAAACUUCUGGGAACCAGCGCAGAUGUCGACAUCCACCACCUGGCCUCUUUAGACCCCGAGAUGUAUCGCAACCUUCUGUUCCUCAAGAGCUAUGAGGGUGAUGUGGAAGAGCUGGGUCUCAACUUCACCGUGGUCAACAACGAUCUGGGAGAAGCUCAGGUGGUUGAACUGAAGCUGGGAGGAAAAGAUAUCCCAGUGACAACAGCCAACCGGAUAGCUUACAUCCAUUUAGUGGCUGACUACAGGCUCAACAAGCAGAUCAGGCCUCACUGCCUGGCCUUCAGACAGGGUCUGGCUAAUGUGGUCAACCUUGAAUGGCUGCGUAUGUUUGAUCAGCAGGAAAUUCAGGUGCUGAUAUCUGGAGCGCAUGUUCCGAUUUGUCUCGAUGACCUAAAAAACUUCACAAACUAUUCAGGUGGAUAUUCUGCUACUCAUCCAGUUAUCCAGAUCUUCUGGGAAGUGGUUGAAGGAUUUACAGAUGAAGAAAAGCGCAAACUGUUAAAGUUUGUCACUAGUUGCUCCAGACCUCCGCUGCUGGGCUUUAAGGAGCUUUAUCCAGCCUUCUGCAUUCACAACGGUGGAAAUGACCUGGAGCGCUUGCCUACAGCCAGCACCUGCAUGAACCUGCUCAAGCUCCCCGAGUUCUGCGACCAGCACCUGAUGAGGAGCAAGCUGCUAUACGCCAUCGAGUCGAGCGCAGGGUUCGAGCUGAGCUGAGUCGAGCCGCAGCCUAGCCUUCUCUGCCUGCAGAGACGGACCCGAUGCCACCUAGGUGGCUUUGGAUUAAUAGGAAAACGAUGCACUGACUUAUUAUGCAUUUCUAAGAGUGAGUGUGCGUGCCAAGGAAAAGAACAAAAAGAGGGGAAGCAUAGAGGAAACUUUUUAUUUUUAAGCCCCUGUUUUUAAGACAUUUUUAACCAAUGUUUGAGAACCAUACAGGAAAACAGUGUUGCAUCAGGGGAGCUUAGACAAUGCCAUCUCCACCCCCUCUUAAAAAUAGUGUAUGGAAAAGGCAUUAUGACAGAAAAGGGGUAUUCUAAAGCCACCUUGUGGUGCACUAAGGGCUGCAGACGGGGAGCAGCUAUGCCUAGUGCUAACAAAUGUUUUCAUGUAGAGGUUUGAAAUUCCUGUUUGUGUUUUUUCCAAGCUUACAGUGCCUUGCAAAAGUAGUUGUACCCCUUAAACUUUUCAAUUUCAUUACAACUAACUUUACUGUAUUUUAGACCAACACUAAGUAUUAAAUAAAAUUAAAUCUGAGUAUUACAAUAAUGAGUUAAAGAUAAUAACAAUGUGUGCCACAGCUUUCAGAGUAUAAUUUGUAUAGAAAAAUAUAUAUGUUCUGAAAUGUACUUGGUCAGGCAGUAUCACAGAAACUCAAUAAAUAAUGGAUGGCGGUAUAAAAUAUUUGCAAGGCGCUGUAACUUGUAAUUAUUUUUGUCUAAAAAAAACAUUUGGAAGUGUGCACACUGAGAUCUAGGAGAAGACUGAUUUUGUUGGCGUGAGGUAGAGGAAAGCAAUAUAUAAUCACAGUUUUGUGAAUAUGUAUAUGUUUUAAACAGCUCUUGUAUGAUCCAUGUAUGUGUUAUUUGUACAGGUUGGUUUCUGUUCCCAUAUGUACCUGCUUGGAUGAGCUAUCUUUUCACCUGAUCAGCACAUGAAGGUUUGUGUCCUUCUGAUGACCCGUGUACCAACUGGGUGAAGAGACGGAAUACGGAUAUGAAUAAAUCCGCUUUUCUUUUAGCAUUUUCCAUC